CGCCAGGCUGACAGACUGUGGAACUUGGCGUCCUGACGAGCGGAGAUGCUGAGCCGGCUUCAGGAGCUGCGCAAAGAGGAGGAGACGUUGCUGCGACUGAAGGCGGCCCUGCACGACCAGCUGAACCGCCUCAAGGCAGGGAAAACAGCUGUUCAUGAUGCUGAGGCAGGAUCACAAGUUAAAGGCCAGCUUGAGCAAAUGGGUUGAAGAAUUGGCCCUCCAAUCAAUAAUCAGUUCUAGAAAAGGGGAUGAGAUGCUGUCUUCUCAGCCUGGUAUACCAGAACAGUCACAUGAUAUGUUGAUGCAUGUAGAUAAUGAAGCAUCGAUCAAUCAAACUACACUAGAAUUGAGCACAAAGAGCCAUGUGAUGGAAGAAGAAGAAGAGGAAGAAGAAGAAUCAGAUUCCUAAAGGAGGAUGAGACCCAGGAUUUGUUCUAAAAAUUAUAUUUCUAAGCCUCAGAUACUUCUUCAGAGAAGUCCUAUGGCCUACUUGAAAGGAAAGCAAGAAUCUUAGGAGGAAUGUGUCAUUGUACAAGUGGCUUCAUCAGUAAUAACUCAAGUUCCAGAAUGUUUUAGGAAAAGUAAAACAUAGUAACAAAAUCAAAGAUAUACUGUCUUAAAGUUGAGCAGUUUGGAUGGUGAAGUAUCUGUGACAAGAUUAGAUUUAGUAAUUAUGUUCAAAAUAAAAUUUCCUCUGAAAUCCUACUGAGAAAGAUACAAGCUAGGCUUUCCAGUCAACAAGUCUUUCAGAAAACCCAGUUAAGAGCUAUUUGUGUGCGAUUGAACCCUUGUGAACAGUUAGGUCACAGUCUAGGAGAGAAAGAUAACAAGACGAAGGACGGGGCACUUGAGAGCACAAGCUGCUGCCAUAUUUCAGAGACAUGGAAACACUGCCCACCUUAGACUGCUUUGUGUGGCUGUUACCACAUCUAGCUUGAAACAUCGCUGAUAAAAGAUGCUUCAGAAUAAAUUAUAAAUAACCAUCAUAGACCUUGCUGGUUUCUAGAUACAGAGGGAGAAAGCAGCAUUUCCUCCUCUGAGGGAAAUGGCAAGAUGGCGUAAAAUAAGAUCCAUUUCUGGCCCUUAAAGAAGAAAUGUGUCAUUAAAGAAGAUAUCAUUAUGCUUGGGAGAUUGCACUUUUAUAAUAAAAGAGAUGAUAACUGCAGAAUAA